ACUUCUCUUCCGGUUGUCAAACUGAUUGAAAGUUGCAGCACAUUUUGCACGGCGGUCGUAAUUUCUAUCAAAAAACACAAUAAAAAUGGCUUUCGGUGAUGUUAAAACUCCAAAAGGUCUUGAAGAAUUGAACAAAUUCUUGGCCGACAACAGUUACAUCAGUGGUUACACGCCAUCAAAGGCCGACCUCUCGGUGUUCGAAACACUUGGAAAGGCCCCAGCCAGUGGUGUUCACGUCCAACGCUGGUACAAACACAUUGCGUCCUUUACCUCCGCCGAAAGAGCCGCAUGGGGCGGUCAGGCACUUCCACAAACUGCUGGCGCCAAGCCCACAGUCGCCGAAGACGAUGAUGAUGUCGAUCUAUUCGGAUCUGACGACGAAGAGGAAGAUGCCGAGGCAGCACGUAUCCGCGAGGAACGUGUGGCCGCCUACUCUGCCAAGAAAUCAAAGAAACCCGCCCUCAUUGCCAAAUCGUCUGUCCUGCUCGACGUGAAGCCCUGGGACGAUGAAACCGACAUGAAAGAAAUGGAGAAGCACGUCCGAACCAUCGAGAUGGACGGUCUCUUGUGGGGAGCCUCUAAACUCGUUCCAGUCGGUUAUGGCAUCAACAAGUUGCAAAUUAUGUGCGUCAUCGAAGAUGAGAAGGUUUCAAUUGACUUGUUGCAGGAGAAGAUCCAAGAUUUCGAGGACUUUGUUCAAUCUGUUGAUAUUGCAGCUUUCAACAAGAUCUAAAAACACAAUCAAUCAGUCCACAACAACAACAAAACAAUCGGACGUCAUCGAAUCUAAUAAAAUCUUGAAUCGACGACGUGAUUGUUUGUCCUUGAAUUUUUGUGUCCAAUUCAGUUGAAAAAAGAAAAGAAAAACUAUUAAACAAAAAAAAAAUGCCUUGAUUAAAAAAAUACUAUUUUAUACUCAAGAA